ACUAACCAUCUUUGAGAGGAGCAGGUUUUUGGAGAACAGCUUGUUCUCGCAGCGGAACGGUUCCUCUUUUUGCUAUCACACAACUCGAUAUGAGCUACAUUUCAGCUACUUUACCUCUAGAGUAAUGCUGCAGCUGCAGUGGAGUGACUUGUGUCAGCUGACAGACUGCUCUCAUUACGGCAGCAUGUUAUUAUUUAACCCGCUGCUGCCGCUCUCCAUCCGCUGACCGCUAGCUUAGCCUGCCAGCUAGCUAGCUGAGACGUCCAGAGAUGAAGUUAAGCUAACAGUAAAACACAAACAGCUGCAGUAAUAGCACCAAAUACCGACACAGCUUUGACUUUAAAGUCUUUUGGAAACUUGUCGGCCUCCAUGUAGAAUUUAUCGACUUUUCUGCUCUCUCCGUUCGGAGGGGUGACCGCCAUUGGCCCCGCCGCAGCCGAGGACCGACGAUGUUUGUCUCCACCGCAACUCGCCUGCUCGGAAGAGGGAGCACUUUGCUCCCUGAGCCGCUGAGCAGGAUCCGCGUAAACAUGUCGUCCUCCUCGGGUAAGAGACUGCGGGUUCUGGUGGACAUGGACGGGGUCCUGGCGGACUUCGAGGGGGGGUUCCUGAAGAAGUUCCGGGCCAGGUACCCGGAGGAGCCCUUCGUGUCUCUGGAGCAGAGGAGAGGUUUCUGGGUGUCCACGCAGUACGGCCUGCUGAGGAGCGACUUGUGCGAGAAAGCCAUCAGUAUCUGGGAGUCCAAAGGCUUCUUCAUAGACCUGGAGCCUCUGCCUGGAGGAGUGGAGGCCGUGAGAGAAAUGGCCAGGAUUGAUGACACAGAUGUGUUUAUUUGCACCAGCCCCAUCAAACAUUACAAACACUGCCCGUCUGAGAAGUACGCCUGGGUAGAGAAACAUUUGGGCCAUGACUUCCUGGAGCAGGUCAUCCUGACCAGAGAUAAAACAUUAAUCUCCGGUGAUCUCCUCAUAGACGACAAGCCCGACAUCCAAGGCGUGGAGAACCACCCAGCGUGGGAACACGUCCUGUUCACGGCCUGCCACAACAAGCACCUGCCCCCCCACCCCAGUCAGAAGCGCCUCCUGUCCUGGGCGGACAACUGGCAGGCCAUCCUGGACAGCAAACGGCAGUGAGGACGUCCACGAAGCAGAGUCCUGGACACUUUCCACUUCUGAAGCCGAACUGUUGCUGUAACCCAGUUUGACCAGCAGAGGGCAGCGACACACCGAGUGUUGCUCCUGUUGACUCAUCAAGCCACAAUGUUUGCACGAUAAGUUUAAAAAAU